AUGACUAAUGACAGCAGCAGGCCCGGCGAGCCAGGCCGAGCAAUGACGGACCGGCAGUACUGCGAGCUGUGCCCGGAUGGAGGAGAACCUGCUGCGCGCUGCAGCCGCUGCUACACGCUCUUCUUCCACACAAACAAGAACUCUCAGCAUGACUGGAAGCACAAGCCAGUGUGCCAGGGCGGCGAGGGCGCAGACUGGGCAGACCAACACCGGCACCCCGGCUCCGCGCCGCCCGCCUCCGCGCCGCCGCCCAGGGCCGGCGGGGCCGGGGCCAGGGAGGCCAGGAAGGCAGUGCCGCGCCGGGACAGCGCCGCCGCCGUCGAGAAUGCGGGCGCGCGGGCCGCCGGGGACGCGGCCAAGGCAAAGGCCAAGCCCGCGGCCGACCCCGCGGCGGCCGCUCCCCCGCUUCGCGCGGCUGCAGGCGGCCAGGGCCAGGCGGCGGCGGCGGCCGAGGUGGAGCCUGCGAAGGAGGAGGCGCUGGCCCGCGCGUCGCAGUACCAGGAGAAGGCGAACCUGUACCCGCCGAGCAACACGCCGGGCGAGGGGCUGAGCCACGGCGGCGGCCUGCGGCCCAACGGGCAGACGAAGCCCCUGCCGGCGCUGAAGCUGGCGCUGGAGUACAUCGUGCCGUGCAUGAACAAGCACGGCAUCUGUGUGGUGGACGACUUCCUGGGCAAGGAGACCGGGCAGCAGAUCGGCGACGAGGUGCGCGCCCUGCACGACACCGGCAAGUUCACGGACGGGCAGCUGGUCAGCCAGAAGAGUGACUCGUCCAAGGACAUCCGAGGCGAUAAGAUCACCUGGAUCGAGGGCAAGGAGCCCGGCUGCGAAACCAUCGGGCGGCUCAUGAGCAGCAUGGACGACCUGAUCCGCCACUGUAACGGGAAGCUGGGCAACUACAAAAUCAAUGGCCGGACGAAAGCUAUGGUUGCUUGUUAUCCAGGCAACGGAACGGGUUAUGUACGUCACGUUGAUAAUCCAAAUGGAGAUGGAAGAUGUGUGACGUGUAUAUAUUAUCUUAAUAAAGACUGGGAUGCCAAGGUAAGUGGAGGUAUACUUCGAAUUUUUCCAGAAGGCAAAGCCCAGUUUGCUGACAUUGAACCCAAAUUUGAUAGACUGCUGUUUUUCUGGUCUGACCGUCGCAACCCUCAUGAAGUACAACCAGCAUAUGCUACAAGGUACGCAAUAACUGUUUGGUAUUUUGAUGCAGAUGAGAGAGCGCGAGCUAAAGUAAAAUAUCUAACAGGCGAAAAAGGUGUGAGGGUUGAACUCAAUAAGCCUUCUGAUUCAAUCAGUAAAGACGUCUUAUAG